CCUCGUGUCGCACAAGCACUUCAACACCGGAACUGUGGAAGUGACAUGAAGAGGAGUUGAUUGAAAUGGCGUCAGUCACUAUACGCAAGUGGGGGCUCUGCGCGGUUUCCCUGCUAAACUUGUUGUUUGUCUUCAUAUCCGGAGCAGAUUUCAUUCGGUUUUUGUCGUUUCGAGCAAUUUAUCAUAACAUUACAGGGGAGACGAGACUCUGUCAAGACUCCAUACCUUGGUCUGUGGCUCUGAGGGACAGCUCGGUGCAUUGGUCUCUAGCUGUGGAUGUGUGUUUAGUGGCUCUUUUCACUGCACAACACAGCCUGCUCGCCUGGUCUCCGGUCAAACAGGUCCUACAGUCAGCUCUGGGAACCUUAAACAGGACGUUUUACUGCUUCACUACUGCACUUGCUCUGCAGGUCUUGAUGCGUUACUGGCAGACAGUGACUGGCGCUCCCUGCUUGUGGUCGGUGCGUAUUGCACCCUGGAGUGUCUGGUUCCCCCUGCUCUGCUUUUCUCUACACUUCCUCUGCUGGUCCAUCAUCUGUAGCAUCCUCAUGAUUUUUGAUUACCCAGAACUACUGGGCAUCAAGCAGGUGUACUACAAGAGUCUCGGUUUAGGAGACCCCUUGUAUCAUAAAUCACUUCCUGCUCAGCGACUCCUGUCCCACUUCCGCCACCCAGUGUUCCUGGAGCUGGUGGUCAUCCUGUGGCUCCUGCCGGCCCUGUCCCUGGACAGGCUUCUGCUGGCGGGGAUGCUGUCCACCUACAUGGCCCUGGCUCACUCGCUGGACAAACAGGAUUUAGCCUACCUCUGUAUGCAGUUUAGAAACAAGGUGCACCUCAUUGCAGAACAACAGCGAGGCAGCGUUGAUGCCACAAUAGACCAGAACAGCAGCAAUCACAUGGAAAAGUGAUCUUAAUAUUAAUUUCAACUUUAACUGCAGCUGUAGUCUAAAGCGAGGUGGCAGUUUUUGUCACUUUGUAUGUGACAAAGUGGAGAGUUGUGCCAUUUAAAGGAAGUGCUGCAUUUUUUUUUAUAAACGUUUACGUUGCCUGGAACUCAGAAUGUGUUUCUGUGUUUUCGUUUAAACUCAGUCUCAUUUAAACACAGAUUUCACACUGGAAACGCCCUAGUUUGUCACAGCUCGAUUGGGAAAUCACUAAUAAAAUGUAAAGGCAUUUCUUUUACAAUUUAUGCAACAGAAUUAUGGACGCUCAUGUGUCUGGUCUAAUGUGACAAACUGGGUUAAUAUUGUCAUUGAUAAAUCAGGAACUUGAGUUUAUGUUGUUUUAUUUCACAAGUUUCUCUAAUUUUCAUUAUAUUUUCAUUAAAUAUCAUUAAUGUUGGUAUUUUAUAUUAUUUGGCUUUUAUGAUGUCUGAUUUACUUAUAUAAUUGUUGCUUCUUGUUUAAACUGUAAUGCAACAUUUUAAAUGAAUAAUGUGGUUUAUUUUUAUAGCAGAAAAUCACUGACUUGUCUAAUUUAUCUGGAACUUUUGGAGGAGGAAAACUGGCAACAUGGUGGUCAUUUUUUCAGCUACAUUAAUUGAUUAAAGGUUGAAAUUGACUAAACAAUCA